ACCACUACUCCCUCUCUCUCUCUCUCUCUCUAGACCAAACCGUAAAGGAAAACAAAAACACAAUGACGUCCACCAUUCGUUCAGACAAUACAUCACUUCUCUUCUUCCUCUUCUUCACGUUCUUGCUCUCGUCGUCGUCAUCAUCAGCUCAAACCUACAAUGUCAUGUCCUACGGAGCCAAACCCGACGGCAAGACGGACUCCACCAAGGCCUUUGUCGCGGCUUGGGUCAACGCAUGCGCCUCGGUCCGCCCAGUGACCGUCAUCGUCCCCAAGGGCCAGUUCUUGCUGCGAAGCGUGGUCUUCGACGGCACAAAAUGCAAGCGCAAGAAGAUCACCGUUAGAAUUGACGGGACUCUGGUUGCUCCGUCGGAUUAUCGGGUCAUUGGAAACGCUGGCUAUUGGAUAUUCUUCAAUCACGUUGACGGCGUAUCCGUCUACGGCGGAGUUCUUGACGCUCAGGGAGCUGGGCUCUGGGGUUGCAAGCUGUCCGGCAAGAACUGCCCGAGCGGCGCCACGACCAUAGGGUUUCAGAGCUCAAGCAACAUCGUCGUGUCCGGACUGACGUCGCUGAACAGUCAGAUGUUCCACAUCGUGGUCAACGGAUGCCGGAACGUGAAGCUUCAAGGAGUGAAAGUUUCUGCGGCGGGAAACAGCCCCAACACGGACGGAAUCCACGUCCAGUCGUCGUCCAUAGUCUCAAUCCUCAACUCAAAUAUUGCUACCGGCGACGACUGCGUUUCCAUCGGCCCCGGCACCAACGGCCUCUGGAUCGAAAACGUCGCUUGUGGACCCGGUCACGGCAUUAGCAUUGGGAGCCUGGGGAAGGACAAGGUAGAGGCAGGGGUACAAAACGUGACUGUGAAAACGGCGACGUUUACAAAGACAGAGAAUGGGGUGAGGAUAAAAUCAUGGGCGAGACCCAGCACCGGAUUCGUCAACAACGUCCGUUUCAUUCAUUGCGUUAUGAACAACGUCCAAAACCCUAUCGUCAUUGAUCAAAACUACUGCCCCGGCAAGGAGAAUUGCCCCGGACAGGUUUCCGGGGUGAAAGUAAGCGACGUGCUGUAUAUGGAUAUACACGGGACAUCAGAGACAGAGAUCGGAGUGAAACUUGAUUGUAGCCCGAAGAAGCCGUGUACCGGAAUUCGGCUUCAGGGCGUGAAGCUUACGUACCAGAACAAACCGGUCCGAGCAGCUUGUAGCCACGCCGGUGGGAUUCAGGCCGGAUUUCUCCAGCCGAGUAGUUGUCUUUGAUGAAACCCUAAAUGUGUUUUUGUCGGUUCCUUUUGUUUUGUCUCUCUCUCUGUUCAAUUAGUACAAAACUAAGAAGGUAGGGGGGGGGGGUGGAACUAGGGUAUGUUUCAGGUUGUGAAUAAAGACUCCGUUUCAAGGAGAGGGAACGGAGGGUGCAUGAGCCUGUGGCGGUAUCCGGCCCAAUGGGCCGUGAGCCUGGCCUUGCAUUUGGUUUAUGGAGCCCAUCAGAGAGCAACCCUUUUUUGUUGGUGUUU